AUGCCAUUAAUGGAGAGCAUCCAUGCCGCACCACGGCGAGAGACGCCAAACAGCAGUCCGCGAAGCACUCAGCCUCGCCGAAGAAACGUCCCGGCUUCACCACGCCAACAAACACAGAGAUCCCGUCCAGUGGAGACGCGCACAGACUCUUCUGCGGACAAGGCUUGGGACUACUUGCUCACCGUAUGUGGGUUCCUUCUAGACAUCAUAUGGCAAGCACUGGUAUACGUCAAAAAGCCACUGGCCAUCUGUUUAGCAAUCUACAUGUUUGCAGGAUUGCUUACAAUGGUCUCCAACCUGCUCACAAGCUCAAUAUACGCCUCCUUCUCGCCAGUCUGUCGCAUUCCAGGCGUCAGCCUCCUCAACCUUCCGAUAUGCUCCUACCAUUCCCCUCACAAUCAACCAGACGGCGCUUCGCAGCCUACCAUAGAUGGUACCUCGUCUGCGGAUCCCGAGUUCUCCUCCUUGAUGUCCGCGCAAGGGCACCUCUCAGAAAUCCUGGAUGAUACUACCUCCUCCCUCCAACUUCCUCUGUCCAUGAAGCGCAGUGAAGCAUCCAUACGCGAUCUCCGCCAAAUCGUGCGUUUCUCCUCCAGCCUCCCCCAACGCGGCGAAUUGGUCCUCGAGUUCGACGGCUUCGUCGAAACCGCCCGCACCGCAUCCUACGACCUCCAAAAGUUCAACUCACACGUCGGCCGCGCCGUGGACAUCACCCUCUCCACCGCCCGCUGGACCGAGCGCAUCCUGGACGACAUGUCCCACCAAACCUCGCGCUCCUCCUCCAUCCUCCCCCGCUUCAUGAGCUCCCUCCUCUAUCCCUUCACGCCCAUCCCCUUCACGCAAUCCCGCCUCGUGGACCAAUACCUCGUGCACACCAACGUCAUCAGCGCCGAGAUAGCCUCGCUGAUCGACGAAGCCCAAGCCCUCCUCCUCCUGCUCCAGAACCUCGAAGAUCGCCUCGACGUCAUCCACAGCAUCUCCCUCUCCAGCCAGCAGUCUGCCCAGGUCUCCAAGGACGAGAUCCUCUCCCACCUCUGGACAAUGCUGGGCGGCAACCGCGCCCAGCUCUCCAAAUACAACAACCACCUCCGCCUGCUGCGCCAGGUCGGCGAGUAUCGCACCCAGGCCUUCGCGCAUGUUAGCGGCACCAUCCUCAAAUUGCAGGCCAUGGGCGCCGAGCUAGAGGAGCUGCGCACGCGCGUCGACGCGGCGGGCUUGGAGCGGCAGGUUAAGGGGGAUAACAAGGCCGUGCCGCUGGAGGUUCACAUCGCUAGUAUCAGAUUGGGUGUGGAGCGGCUAGAGGAAGGGCGCGCAAAAGCCAGGGAAGUGGAGAGGGGAUAUGUCAGGAGGGUCAUUGACGUGAGUGAGAGGGGGGAGUUGGGGUUCGAUGGCGAGAAGCUUGGGUUGGAGGCGUGA